UGCCUGUUAUCGGUCAAGAUUGCCGAUUCACGUCUACUGCUCGGUAACAUGUCGCAGUUUCUGCAAAAUGUCAAACAAAAAAUUAAACCGAAACAGCCUAAAGGGGGCAUACAGGAGCAGGACCUGGGGACAUGGGGGCUGACAGGGAUAAAGCUGAGAUCCUACCAACUUGAUGGCUUAAACUGGCUGGUCCAGUGCUUUAACAACCAGCAUGGCUGCAUCCUGGGAGAUGAGAUGGGUCUUGGGAAGACUUGCCAAACAAUAUCUCUUCUUGUGUAUGCUGUGGGCAGUUUGAAUGAAAAAGGGCCUUUUCUUAUCCUGAGUCCACUUUCUGUGAUAAGCAACUGGAAAGAAGAACUGGAAAGGUUUGCUCCCAAACUUUCAGUUGUUGUCUGUACAGGGGACAAAGAGGAAAGGGCCGAGCUGCACAGAGAUCUGAAGAACCGGUCAGAUUUCCAUAUCCUGCUGACUACAUAUGAGAUCUGCAUCAGAGAUGCCUGUUUUCUGAAGAGAUUUGAUUGGAGGGUAUUGGUUGUGGAUGAGGCCCACAGGUUGAAGAAUCAGAAUUCCUUGCUGCACAAGAUGCUGUCUGAGUUUUCAGUGGGGUUCACUUUGCUUCUGACUGGAACACCCGUUCAGAACAGUCUCCAGGAGCUCUUCUCCCUGCUGAGCUUCAUCGAGCCCCAGGUCUUCCCUGAGCAUGAGGCAGAGGGUUUCGUCACUAGCUACAAAGAUGUGGAGACACAGAAAGAGCGAGCUGCAGAGCUGCACAGCCUCCUGCAGCCGUUCCUGCUGCGCAGAGUGAAAACGGACGUGGCGGCAGAGCUGCCCAAGAAGAGCGAGCUGGUGGUGUAUCACGGCAUGUCAGCCCUGCAGAAGAAGUACUACAAGGCUGUCCUUACCAAAGACCUGGAUGCAUUUGAUAAUGAACGGGGCUCCAAAGCCAGACUAUCAAACAUUUUAAUUCAGCUCCGGAAGUGUGUUGACCAUCCAUAUUUAUUUGAUGGUGUUGAACCGGAACCUUUUGAAAUCGGAGAUCAUCUCAUUGAAGCCAGUGGGAAGCUCCAUCUCCUGGAUACCAUGCUCAGCUUCCUGAAUGACAGGGGCCAUCGUGUAUUGCUGUUUUCUCAGAUGACACGAAUGCUGGAUAUCUUGCAGGAUUACAUGGAAUACAGAGGCUACAGCUAUGAACGGCUUGAUGGAUCUGUGAGGGGCGAAGAAAGACAUCUUGCAAUCAAGAAUUUCAGUUCCAAAGAUGUUUUUGUGUUUCUCUUGAGCACAAAAGCAGGUGGAGUUGGCAUGAACCUGACUGCUGCUGACACAGUGAUUUUUGUGGACAGUGAUUUCAAUCCCCAGAAUGACCUACAGGCUGCUGCUCGAGCCCACCGGAUUGGCCAGAAAAGGCCUGUGAAAAUUAUCCGUCUGAUUGGGAGAGAUACGAUAGAGGAGAUUGUCUACAGACGUGCCAUGUCCAAGCUGAAGUUAACAAAUACUGUGAUCGAAGGAGGACAGUUUUCUCACCGAGACGAAGGGGAUUCCUCCAUGGCUGCAGACAUGCAGUUGAGUGAAAUCUUAAAAUUUGGAGUGGAUAAGCUCCUUUCUUCAGAGGAAAGCACCAUCCGAGACGUGGACCUGGGGAAGAUCCUGGGGAAGACCAGGAAUGGCGAGUGGGUGACAGAAGACCCUCCGCUCCCCACAGAGGAUGAGAGCUCAGAAUCGGAAGAGACUGAAACCCAUAUGUAUUUAUACGAAGGCAAAGAUUACUCCAAAGAGCCCAGUGCAGAGGACAAGAAAACAUUUGAGCAUCUGCUGGAUUUGGAAAACGUAGUUCUUGCUGAUGCUGGAAGAAAAGGACGAGCACUUCGAAAUAAAUCUGAUGUUCUAUUGUCCGGUCUCCCUGACGUGACAACCAGCAGGAAGAGAGUGCUGACCCCAGAGGAGCUCCAUCAGAGGCGCCAAAAAAGACAGGUGGCAGCGGCCAAGCGGGCAAAACUGAUGGAGGACAAGAAAAAACAGCAGAAGGAGGCAGAGCACAAGAAAAAGCUGGCGUGGUGGGAAUCGUGCGGGUACCGCUCCCUGUGUGUCUCCUCAGAGGACAGUGAAGAGGAGGAAGGGGGCUCGGAGGAUGAGGGGAGCGAUGAUGUCCAUGUGAACCUGGACUCCACUGACUCAGAGCACACAGCCAUACACUACAUCAUGGGGGACGUCACUCACCCCCAGGCUGCCCGGGAGGACGCCAUCAUAGUGCACUGCGUAGAUGACUCUGGUCGCUGGGGGAGAGGAGGAUUGUUCAUGGCUCUGGAGAUCCGAUCCGACCAGCCCAGGAGACAGUAUGAGCUGGCUGGAAAGAUGAAAGACUUGGAACUUGGAAAUGUGCUGAUGUUUCCAAUCGAUGACAAAGAGUCCAGACAUGAUGGGCAAGACCUGUUGGCCUUGAUAGUGACUCAGAAGAGAGAUCGAUCAAACAAUGUAUCUGGCAUCAAGCUCUUGGCAUUGGAAGAGGGGCUGAAAAAGAUUUGUACUGUGGCCAAGAAAAAGAAAGCUAGUGUCCACCUCCCUCGAAUAGGACAUGCAACGAAAGGUUUUAACUGGUACGGGACAGAAAGACUCAUCCGGAAGUACUUUGCUUCCAGGAAUAUCCCAACUUACAUAUAUUACUAUUCCAAGAAGGUUUCUUCAUCUGUUUCUCAGCCCACCACGUCUUCCAGGAAGCUGGGGAGCAGCGAUGACCGGCAGCCAGGCCACGUGUCACAGCAUCUGGCUGAAUUCAUGUCUGGGGUCAAUGUGUAUUUCUAUAACCUACUCCCCUCGGAAAGAAAGAAUCUGGCCCGCUACCUGAUUGCAUAUGAUGGCAGUGAAGACACAGUCUUGGGUUCAGAAACUACCCAUGUUGUUGCAGAGGUGGAGAACGCAGUCCAUAUGCAGGAUCUGCAGACCAUUCUUCAAGGGAACCCCCACGUUGCAGUUGUCCAAAAAAAGUGGUUAGAAGCCUGCUUCUCCAAACAAGAGAAAGUUAGCACAGCUCAGUAUCAAAUUGAUUUCAAUUGAAACAGUCUUUGAUUUUGUAAAACUAUUUUUAAAAACAUGCAAUGUACCUGUAACACUUACAAAUGUGGUUUAAUAAAAUGUUUUUCUUUCAAAAAAAAUUAAAAACAUCAACCAAGUUGCUUGCUGGAGC